AUGUAAACUAUUUAACCUUAUCAAGCUCCAUAAUUCUUGGAUGAAGUGGCCCUUCUAUAAAUAAUAGAUACUAUUUAAUCCCUUCUGAAUUUGUUUUAACAACAAAUAAAUAAUGAUAUGAAAAUAUUGAUAUUAGUAGGUGUAACAGGAUCAGGAAAAAGCACAAUAUUCAAUCUUCUUUGUGGUGCUAAAUUUAAAUUGAUAGAAAGCGAAGAUGGAGUUGAAGAAUUAGACUUAGAAGAGACAUCUUCAGAAUUCUCAGUUAUGAAGGGAGGAAUGAAAUCUGUGACUAAAGAGCCAAAUUAUUAUUUUAAUGAAGAAUAUAAUCAUUUGCUUAUUGAUUUUCCUGGAUUUUAAGAUACUAAUGGUGAAUUGGAUUAAAUUAUGAUAUAGAUGUUAUUUUAUAAAAUUUCACUUAGACAAAGGUUAAAAUACUAUACAUAGUGAGACAUCCUGAAUUGGAUUUUUAAGAAAGAGGAUCAAAUUUAUAAGAAUUUAUUAGAACAACAUUUAAAGAGUAGAGUAUUGGUAUAGAAAGCAUAUCUUUAUUAUUAAAUGCUUUUAAUGAAGAAAAUUAUUCAGAUGAAGAAGUUAUAGCAUCAGCAAGAGAAUAAAUAAAUCAAUAAUAUAAUACUGGUUGCAAUAAUUUAAAUGUAAUAGUUCUUAGAAAAAUAAAUGAAUAAGAUGAUAUAGUUAGGUAAUUUUCUGAGGAAAAGAGAAGAAAAAUGUGGGAAGACAUAAUUAAAUCCAAAGAAAUAGAAUUUGAACCUAUUUAAAUUCUUCAUACGGAAAAAAUAAGUAAUUAUUUAAGUGGAAAAAGCUUUCAAUAUAUAGAAGGUGUUUGCUCAUAAAUAUAAACAAAUUUAACUAAAAAAUUGUAAAAUAUAUAUAUAAAAGACAUUACAAUAUUAAAGAAAUUAAGUUCUAAAUUUAAAGAACUACCAAAAAUUAAAAAAAAAAAAUUUUUUAUAAUGGUUUGAAAUAUUUGCAAUUGUUUCUACCAAAAUAGCUUAAUAAUUGGGUUGUUUGGAGAUAGUAAAAUAAAAAAGUGAAGAAUUUUAAAAAAUAUAUUUGUUUUUCUCAUAAUUUUCAAAUUUUAUCAAUGGUUAUUUUGAAUGCAUAAAAUAUGGCACUUUUGCCUCUACUUAAUAUCAUGAUAUGAUGAAAAUUAUUGAUAAUAAAAUAGAAUUCCUAAAGGAGAAAUAGAAAGUAGAAUAAACAAUAGCAGAAAAGAAUUAAGAAAUUUAACUUAAAAAUAUUGCCAUGUCAAGAGCAGAGUAAUAAAGAAAUUAGAAAAAAAAAUACCAAUAAUAAUAUUAGAAACUGAAAAUUUGUAAUAAAAGAUAAUUUAGUAAAAAAUAGAAAAGAAUAAAUUAGAAGAAGAAACUUAUAAGAUAAAGAAUAAUUAUUAUAAGCUUCAAUAAUAAAGCAAAUAGACUCAAAGUUAAUUAGAUUACCAAAUUAAGUAAGAAGAGAAGGUUAAAUUAGAGAUUUAAAAGAAAUUGA